AAUAUAUAUAUCUGUCUCUACAGGGUUUUUGAGAAAUUGUUUAAAAACUGGUAGUUUAUAUAAAAUCUGUAUAGAAAUAUAUGGGAAUGUUGUUGUUUUAGAUCUGGCUGCACGUUCUUCAAUGUCUUUGCUUAUAGGAUGAUGUUGGGAAAUGAAUUGUUCGUAGCGUAAAAUGAGUGAAACGGAGACUUUAAGUAUGAAAACAAAGUCGCCUUCGGCUCUUGUACCGCUUGGGACUUUGAUUGGCCGUGAGCUUAGAAAUGGGAAUGUUGAAAAACCGAGUGUUAAUUAUGGACAAGCAGCGUUGGCAAAGAAAGGAGAGGAUUAUUUCUUGAUCAAGCCUGAUUGCCAGAGGAUUCCUGGUGAUCCGUCCACAUCGUUUUCAGUUUUCGCGAUAUUCGAUGGGCAUAAUGGUAUAUCAGCUGCCAUUUUUGCGAAGGAAAAUUUGUUGAACAAUAUUUUAAGUGCGAUUCCUCAAGGAUGUGAUCGUGAAGAGUGGCUUCAAGCACUUCCUCGAGCGUUGGUUGCAGGGUUUGUAAAAACUGACAUAGAGUUUCAGCAGAAAGGUGAGACAUCGGGUACAACUGUUACAUUUGUCGUGAUUGACGGGUGGACUAUAACUGUUGCCUCUGUUGGGGAUUCACGGUGCAUAUUGGACACACAAUCUGGUGUGGUAUCACUACUGACAGUUGACCACAGGCUUGAAGAGAAUGUUGAAGAAAGGGAACGUGUAACAGCAAGUGGAGGUGAAGUAGGGCGUCUUAAUAUUUAUGGGGGGAAUGAGGUUGGUCCACUUCGUUGUUGGCCUGGUGGGUUAUGCCUCUCGAGGUCUAUUGGUGAUACAGACGUUGGAGAGUUUAUUGUUCCAAUACCGCACGUGAAGCAAGUGAAGCUCCCUAAUGCUGGUGGAAGACUUAUAAUUGCGUCAGAUGGUAUUUGGGAUGCUUUAUCAUCUGAUGUAGCAGCUCAAUCUUGUCGUGGAUUGCCUGCAGAACUUGCUGCUAAGCUUGUUGUGAAGGAAGCUCUUAGGUCACGUGGAUUAAAAGAUGACACAACCUGCGUGGUUGUUGAUAUCAUUCCAUAUGGGUAUCCGGUCAUACCUCCAACGCCCAAAAAGAAACAAAAUCUUCUCACUUCACUCAUUCAUGGCAAGAGAUUUCAGAACUCUAUGAAUAAAGAGCCAAAUAAGCUUUCGGCUGUUGGGACCGUAGAGGAGAUAUUUGAAGAGGGUUCGGCAAUGCUUGCAGAAAGGCUGGGAAAAGAUUUGCAUUUAAAUUCAAACUCGGGAAUCUUUAGAUGCGCAGUUUGUCAAGCAGAUGAGGCCCCGAAUGAUGAUCUAUCUGGAACAAUUUUCUCAGCAUCGUCCGGACCCAUGUUAUGUUCAAAGUGUAGGAGAAAGAAGGAUGCAAUGGAAGGGAAAAGGGCAAGCGUACCGACAUUGAUGAUAUAACCUAAGGUAAAUACUAAUACAUUCUUUCAUUGGCAGUGUGAGCAUCAUCUCUUUUGCUAAAUCUUGAAAUCUCGUGUGAAAGAGAUGAAACAUACAGAGUUUGUAGGUGUUGUGGAGAUGUUAGGAGUGUGUCUGUCGACUAUAUUUUGUGCUCGGCUGUUGGAUUGACUAAUUAUGAACAAAUGCUACAUUAUAUUUUAUGAAUAUAUAUAAGAAAAUAUGAGUGUGAUAGUGUUUGAUUGUGCA